AUGAAUAUUAUUAUAACAUCUUCUGAUACCACUGAUUUUCCCUUAGCUACUGAUCAUAGACAAAAAAAAUUUAAUUCUACUUCGAAAGAGAAAUUACCACAUCCAACAUUAAAUACUUUAGAACAAUUUGUUAAAAGUGCUGAUGAAACAAAUAUUCAUUUAAAUUCAAUUGAUAAAAUAAAAACUUUAAUUAAUGAAUGUCAUCUAUGGAAUGAAAAAUUUGAACAAAUGCAACAAGGUGAACAUUAUCCAUUUUUAUCUUCAUAUGAACAAUUAUAUGAACAAGCUCGACAUUUUCAUAUUGAUUUGGAACCAUUAAAAUUAAUUGAACAAACUAUUUUAUAA